CGGUCGUUAUCGUCCCGAGCAGAAAUCAGUUCAGAAAUCUGAGAUGGCGCCCUCGGAUGCCGUGCAGGUCCGGAAGGCACGGAGCCGAUUACAGCUCCGUGUUGCACUGUGCUGCGCCAGAGGGGGCAGCCUGCUUGGGACGGGGCCCGAGUAGCGCAGUGCGUAACAGCCACAGUGGGUUCAGCGCUUUCAGAAGUGCCGUGAAAACAACGCAAAGCAUGCCACGAGGCGUUGGGCAUGUUCUUUGUGUACACGCACACGGCAUGUCAGAGGAUCACAGGUGGAAAACACGAAGCUAAGGGAAGUCUUUUUCUUUUAAAGAAAGUAUUGCAGAAUAAGAAAAUAUGACCAUAAUGAAGCAGCCUGUGUUAUGUAAGUGCUUUGAAAUUUCAUAAUGGCAGAAGCUUGGUCUUCAGAAGUUAAAAGAUCCCGACUAAGUUUGUCUCUCAGUAAAAAUAAGAAAAAGAAAGGAACAAAGAAAGAUGUGGAAAUUAAAGGAACACAGUCUGGGGCUUCAACCCCCCCCUCUAUUGUUUCAUUUUUUAGCAAUGUUCCCCCUGCCAAAAUCACCUGCCCCAUGUGCGGGCACAUGGUGCCAAGGUACGGAAUAAACGAGCACAUGGAUGAAAUGUGUCAGGGGAACCAUGGUACAGUGGGUGUGGCUGCUUCAACAAUAAGCUGUUUUAUGAAUGAGAGGCCUUUGGAUGCCAAUAUGAACAAUAAUUCCAGCUCAUAUUUUUCAAAAAAAAGGACAACUCUAGAAGCAAAUUCUUCCAAAAACAGUUUGUUGAAAACAGAAGUGAGAGCAGCACAACAGGUUAGUCCUUAUUUUAACAGUAAUAAUUCAGCCUGUAAUGUUCACAACGAAUCCUGGGCUCAAAAAGUUAAAGUCAUCUCUUUGGGAAGCUUGUCAUCUAAACUGUCCAGAAGACGUCGUAUCCAGGAAGGAAAACAGAUAGUGUAUAAGGAGACUGACUCGUUAUCUCACGCUGUUCCCAAUAUAUGCAAAAGCUCUGCAGCACUGGAUGAGGAGGAGAUUUGUGCUGGGCAUAGUUCUCAGAAAGAAAAUCAGCUUGUUCAGAGAGAGGAGCAAAAUCCUUCAAAAAAGGAGCCUGAACUUCAAGAAGAAAUAAACAAAUGUCAUGGAGAAGACUUUGUGGAUGUUAUUCAGGUAUCAUUACCAGCAGAUACCAUUAAUGGCAGAAGACUAGCAUUUGGUACAAGGAGCACCAAAACAGAAAGUAGCUCUGAAGGCGUGCUACUUGGCUCUGAUAAACUUGACGCACGUACAGCCAUUUAUACUGCAACAGAGCUGACCAGUGGUUUGGAAGUGAAAACUCAGCCUCAUACUCAGGGUAUUCCUUCCUCUAGGACAGAAGCAAGCAGUAAUAGACAAAACUGCUUUAAAGAAGAUGAUGUGCAGGUACUUCCUGUGGAAGUUCAUGAAGACUUUAAGGAUGAAAUUAAUCCCUCUUUGUCAGAAACUGUGGAAAAGGUAGAAUUUCAUAAUUCAAUUGAUGACAUUUUAGACAAAAUAAACGAUGAGGUUAGGUCUGUGCCCAACUCUCCUGGCCACCCGUAUUACCUCCAGAAUUUCUUAGUGGUGCUGCGAGCAGUCUUGGAGAACGAAGAUGAUGUGAGACUCUUUAAUGAUCAAGACAUACACAUUCUUACCAAGUUCUGCCAAUUAUCAGUUGGUGGGCAGAAGUUAUAUGUGAGACUUUUUCAACGCAAACUGAACUGGAUAAAAGUGAACAAAAUAGAGUAUGGAGAGAUAAGCGUGGAUUUGUUACCAGUGAUUGAAGAACUGAUUGAAGCCAGCUUUCUGCAAACAGAAUCUGAACUGGAAGACCUGUGUGAAGGGUUGGAUUUGCUUUCAGCCCCUGAGCUCAAAACAUUAGCAAAGAUCUUUCACUUGCCUAACCCAAAUGGCCAGAAACAGCAACUUGUGGAUGAUUUUCUGAGGCUGGCAAAACAACGUUCAGUCUUCAGCAAGAGUCAGACUGGUAUUGGGACAGUAAUUUUGAAGAGGGCAAAGGACCUGGCUGGAAAAUCUGUCCGGGUCUGUAAAGGUCCCCGGGCUGUGUUUUCUCGAGUGCUGCUGCUGUUUUCACUGUCUGAGCCUGUGGAGGAUGAAGAAGCUGGUAGUGGUGGACAGGGCCAGCUCUCCACUGUCCUUAUGGUAAACAUGGGGCGUAUGGCAUUCCCCAGUUACACUGUAAAUAGGAAAACAGAAAUCUUCCAGGACAGAGAUGACCUUAUCAGGUAUGCAACUGCUGCUCACCUGUCAAAUGAUAUAGCCACUUCAAUGGCAAACGGGAACUGGGCAGAGGCUAAUCGUCUCUAUACGUGUGCUAAAGAAACCUGGAAUGAACUGAAAAAUCAGCCCUCUCUGAGCCAUCACAGAGCUCUACCUGAGUAUCUGAGACGUUUCACAGUUGGCUGGGUGUAUACAAGAAUCCUUUCUCAAGGUGUGGAAAUUCUGCAGAGACUUCACAUGUAUAAGGAAGCCGUGCAGGAGCUGCAGAAUCUUUUGUCUCAGGAAGUGUAUUGUACUGACAGCAGAGGGCGAUGGUGGGAUCGCCUAGCUCUGAAUUUGCAUCAGCACUUGAAGAACACUAAGAAGGCCAUCGACUGCAUUAGAAAUGGGCUUGCAGACCCCUUUGUCCGUACUGGGCAUCGUUUCUCUCUAUACCAGCGGGCCCUACGAAUCAGAGACUCACCAAGCUGUAAACAGUUCAGAUCCCUGUUGCAUGAUCUGCCAGUCAUAACUGUGGAAGAUGUGACGCAUGUUACGAUCAAAGGAAAGAUGUGUCCUCAGAUGGGACUGGGAAAAUCUGUGUUUCUAAUGGAGGAUACUGGUGGUGAAGAAGGAAGUGAAGACUGCAGUGUAUCCACAGUCAUGUGCUCUGUUGAGGAACUGGCGUUGACUCAUUAUAGGCAGAAUGGUUUUGAUCAGGGGAUUCAUGGAGAAGGUUCAACAUUUAUUACACUGUAUGGACUUCUCAUGUGGGAUAUCAUAUUCAUGGAUGACAUACCCGAUGUUUUCAGAAAUUGCUAUCAGACGUCCCCCCUGGAUUUAUACACUGACAGCUUUUAUGAGAACAGGAGGGAUGUCAUUGAGGCCAGACUCCAGCAGCUUCAUACCGCUUCCUCUGCAACUCUGACAAAGUUGAUCACUGACAUCUGGACCACUCAGGAGGGAAAAGCAGCAGCACUAGUUAGCUGGGGGCGUUUUAUUUCCCUCCAGCAGGUUCAGAGCCUUGUCUCUUGCCUUGGAGGAAUGUUUCUGAGUGGCGUUUUUAGGCGACUUUCUAAAGAUUUACGCCAUUGCAAAGGGGGGCUUCCUGACCUGGUUGUGUGGAGUACGCAUAGUAAUCACUUCAAGCUGGUGGAAGUGAAAGGUCCCAAUGAUCGCCUGUCCUACAAGCAGAUCAUCUGGCUGAGUGAACUUAAGAAGCUGGGUGCUGCAGUAGAAGUUUGCCAUGUGCAAGCAGUCGGAGCUAAGAGUAAACGCCUCAGUUGACAACUGACAUACAAAACGCAUGUGAUCAAGAUGUAACUGGGGCAUCCUUAAAGGAAAUGACAUGACACACACUACUGGCUGCCGCUUAUUUAAAAUAGUUUCUCCUAAAACUAUGCCUUUAUGGAAUAUUACUGCAGUUACACUUAGCACAAAAACAUUCUAAAAUACAGCGUGAGAGGACUGUCUAAUUAUGAUCUACUGUAUUUCACCAGUGUUCAGAAGAACAAAGCCUUCCUAUUCUAUGCACAAUUAAUUACCUUUGUAUAGAAAAAGGUAAUCUAGGGUCUUCGUCCAGUCAAGAGAAAUAGCUGCAAUCACGUGUACCAAACGAAAAGCUCAUCUACAAUAAAAAAGGCAUUGCAUCAAGUCUUUGAUAGCUUCUGUUCUGCUACUGUAGCCUGAUUUCAUCAUACUCUGCUGAUUUCCUGUUCAGCACCUUCCACUAUGUUAACACCAGCAUGAUUCUGUGGUUCCCCACUUUAUACAAAGUAUUUCUUUUUGAAUUUAAUAGAAAAAGUAAAACUGGCAUUGACUGAGGUAUAAACCGCAUCUUUUUAAAAAAUGCCUAUUUUGAUUUGCUGCUACAUAUGAAAACGUAACUUGUUUAACAAACAGCUCUGUUUUGAAUAGCUGUGUUGUUAACUAGGGGAAGUAUUUCUGGUAGAGCUGCCAAGUGCCAAGACUGCUGCACUCAUUUGCAGUAUGCCAUUAUAGUCAGUUUUGCCCUACAUGACAUGAUGUUUUUUUCAUUCACAAAUAAGCCAGUCGACUGAAAUGGAAGCAAAACGCUGAGUUCUCUAUUAACAAACAAACAAACAAAAAACAUGUUUUUUUUCUCCAGUUUUAACAAAUAGCAUCAUUUCUCUGCAGUCAUCAUCCUCAUACUGAGUAAGCUUUCAGGAUGUUCAAAAUUCUACUUACCAUACUAACAGCAAGCACUGUAAAAGAUGAUGGAAGUAAGAAAUUAUCAUCUGCACAUCUGUUUUGUUAAUCAGCUUUCUACUGCAGUGGCCCUGGCUUUUCUUGGGGGGAGGAAAAAAUAUAUAUAAUAAUAGCACACCCACCAUUUUUUCAUUAAAGGAAGUGAAAGGAAAAAAAAAACCUCCUGAAGUUCACUGUGGCAAGGCAUGAACUUUUAUUUAGGCUAAUUUAAGUCACAUUCACAACUUGGCAUCAGGAUUUUAUAUUCUUCCUGGCACUGCUACUUUACUCAAUAAAUCAUUAUCAAUCAGGCACAAAAAAGGUUUUAGUUUCAGUUGACGUAGUGAAUGCUAAACCAUUGCAGCAACAGCAUUAGAAACCUACUGUCUAAAGCAAUUUAAAGGACAGCUUUCUGUCUCUUAUGUUGGAGGCAAAUUUAGGCGUUCAUCCUUUGUUUAACGGACUUUGUUAGAAAUUUUUUGGGUUUAAUGGUUCUUGCUAUAUGAUAAGCCAAAACCUUUGCCCACCUGCUACAGCUUCAUUAAAAAUACAAGUCAGUCAGUUAGUUAAUAUCAAAGACGUGGUAUUGCAGGCAGGUGCAUAUUAAA